CAUUGGGCGUUUGUGCACCAGUUCGCGGUUGUCCACCUCCGGCACUGUUUGAGGAUGAUUUGCGGCACUGCGUUUCAUGAAAUACUUUUUGCUACCCAGCGGUGCAGGUCACACUUAGCGCUGAAACUCCCACACACUCAUAGUCGAGGGGUUCGGCAGGGGCUUCCAUAUGUCUCUUUCGAUAAUGAUGCUGAACGUUGAUAAGGAUGAGGGUUUAUGCUGAACGUUGAUAAGGUUGAGGGUUUAAGGUUUAGGGUUUUGAGAUGAACAGGAAGAUCAUAAGCGUAAAAUUAGAAUGCAUUGAAUAGAUUGUGGGAAGAAUUGCAACAGAUCCCGGUAGCGAGAUCCUUGCUAAGGGCAUAAGAAGUAGGGGUGGUGAUCAUUUGGUGUCUCUAUGUGAAGUUUGCCAUGUUUUGACUGAAGAUGGUUGAAGAGGCUACUAUGGCGGUAUUAGAAGAAAAGAAGGUUCAACGCGAUGUGCCCACAGAGCAACCCAGUGUCAAAUUGAACCGACGUAUGCUGAAGAAGAAAAAGCAGCUUUUAGCGCAAGGGAAGGGCACCAAGAGCGAGUAUUUUGACGUGUAUGGUGCUGACGCGAAGGCCGAAGUGGUGUUGCAACCUCCAGGGCCGAAUUUGAGGCUGACUUUCCAGGACUUGCAAGGGUUGGUGCUGUGGGUGCUCGCAGACGGCGAGAGUCCCAAGUGGGUAUCUGUAAAGAACAAGCCGCUCGUGACGAAAGUUGUGAUGCUACUUAUGCCGGGAUUAGACGCGGCACUUUACAUGGAGCAUCCUGCACUAUUCAAAAGCCUCUCUCAGUGUUUUGGGGUUCCUCGAGCAGCCGUUGGGGUCAGUCCCGUGGCGACUUCAGCACAAACAGUUGAGGCUCUUCUUAGUUGCCCGAAACCGCGAGUGAAGAAGAACCUGAAGAGGGCGCAUCCUGAGAGUUCAAGCUCAGAUAGUGAGGAGGAAAAGCCGGUCCAGAGCGUUAUACCGCCAGUUGAAGAUGUGAGGCGUGGAGAGGAUGGAUUGAUGCGGAGGCUGGAGAAUGAAAACUCCAAAGAAGGACACAGCGUAAGUGUUAACGGUCAGCCGCCUUUUCCUGCUUCAUAUUACACUCUGACGGCUCGGCAGAUACACGAAAAUGGAUACCCGAAGGUUGUCGAAGGGGAGGACGUUCAACCAGGUUUUGUUAGAACUCUGCCUGCCGCAGCAAAUGUGACGCCCUUGGACAUGGUCGCCGUCGAUUGUGAGAUGUGUAGCACAUGUGAAGGGUUGGAGCUCACCAGAGUAUCACUUGUGAGCUCGCAAGGAAUUGUUUUGCUGGAUAAGCUUGUAAAGCCAGGAAAUUCUAUCACUAAUUACAACACACAGUACAGCGGAAUUACAGCUGCCAUGUUGGCUGAUGUUACGACGACUUUGACAGAUGUGCAAGAAGAGAUUUUGAAGCUGGUGCACGCGGAGACGAUAUUGAUUGGUCAUUCUGUUGAGAAUGAUUUGGCUGCGCUGAAGAUUUUGCACCCCCUUGUCAUUGAUACGGCGUUGCUGUAUCAUCAUCCCUCAAGAGGGCCCACGCGCAAGCCUGCUCUAAGAAUGUUAACUGGGCGAUACUUGAAACGGAGAAUACAGAGUGACAAAGGAGGCCAUGACAGUGUGGAAGAUGCGCGGGCUGCAAUGGAUUUGACUCUUCUGAAAAUCAGCAAGGGUCCUGGAUUUGGGAAAAGGUUGAAGCCCAACUUCGAGAGUCUAAUUGAAGUCCUGGGACGUCACGGUUGUCGCACCUCAUUAAUAGACAGGCGGCCCAUCCUGCACCAGUACGCCGUAGGGUCAUGCAAUGCAAUCAUCGCAAAUUCAGACGAGGAGGUUUGUUUUAAAGCGGUGAAAGAGGUCAAGAAAACUGCUGUGGACUUCGUUUGGGCUCAGUUCACGGACUUAAAUGCGUACUAUGAGGACCAAGCGCGAGCCACGGAGGACUGGUCUAUUCGCAUGGCUGAAAUGGCUGCCAUUAUGACCUGCAAGCAGGAACCAGGGUCAGCUGGUAUAUCGCUACCCGAAGGUUUGCGAACAGUCUUGGCUAGAUUGGAUGACCGCUUCAACAAAUUCUACGACGCAUUAGAACCUAACACCUUGCUCAUAGUAGCAACUGGCCAUGGCGAUACUAGCAGUGUUCGACGUCUGCAGGAGCUCAAGUGGAAAAGGCAAGGCAGCUCACAGAAAUGGAGUAGAUGCGACGAAGACGUUCUGGAAGAAUUUGCUGCUCGAGCAGAGACUACUCUCGUCUUCACAUGUAUCAAGUAGUCUCUAUGCUGAUUAUUUCUUGGUGGAGCUACUCGUGUUUGUGAGAAAUGCGGACCAGUAGCCUCUGGGCGAAGUUUACUAAGAUCUUUAUGAGUUGUGUCUAUGCUCUGAAGAUGAUACUUAGUGGAAGAAACUAAGCAUGCAGGAUGCAGAUAACAAUGCAGGCAGAUUUCCUCUAUCACUAGCAUUUUUUGAAUAUUUUUGGCAAGCUUCUAUUGUUUGGCUUAGGUUCGGUAGGUUGGACUUUAGUGUACAAUAUCAUCAAAUUAUGUUGUGGAUAUCUAAAUUCCUUCAUAUUUCACAAUAACAUUAUUUUUCUGGCAAUUUCCUGGAAAUGCUAUUUAGAGUC